AUGCGAACGACUGUUUGCCGCAUGGCAAACCGAAUGACAUCGAUGAUGUACAGAUCCACUAAACCGGAAGGUGACGUCUCAUCGGUGUUUGCUUCUCUCUCAGGUGACGACAUGAACAAACCACUUGAAGCUCGAUUUGCAGAGUUAAAACAAGAAAUUAUUCAAGGUUAUGAACAACAAGUGAAAGACAGUUGGUUUCGUUUAUUAGACGUUCUAAAACAGGAAACAGAGACUGUUCGUCGUUCAAAACAAUCGAGUAUUCCUGAAAUUCAAUUCAAUGACAUACAUAACCUUUCAUCAGAACUCCAAAACAAUAUUCGAACUCGUGGUGUUGUGAUCGUUCGCGGUGUCUUACAUGAAACAGAUGCACUGAAACUGAAAACUGGUGUAAAGAACUAUAUUAAACAAAAUCCUCAUACGAGAGCAUUUCCACAAGAGAAUCCAGUUGUUUACGAACUCUAUUGGUCGUCUGAACAAGUUCUUGCUCGGUCAAACUCUCGAGUUCUUCAAACAUUAACAUUUGUCAAUGCGUUUUGGCAUGCAUCACCUGAUACACAAAUCUGCUUGACAGAAAAUAUCAUGUAUGUCGACCGUUUACGAAUCCGCCAGCCAGGUGACAAGGAAUUUGCUCUCGGACCCCAUAUCGAUGGCGGUGGUAUUGAACGAUGGGAAGAUCCGGAAUACCGAUCAUGCUAUCAAUCGAUUUUUCAAGGUCGUUGGGAAGACAAUGACCCUUUCGAUGCGACACAUCGUGUCCAAGCACAAAUGUCGCUCUACAAUACUGCAGGUGGGUGUUCAGCUUUUCGCUCCUGGCAAGGUUGGCUUAGUCUGUCCACAGUCAAUCCGGGCGAAGGUGGACUUCUAGUUAAUCCACUGUUAAAAUUUACGACACCUUAUUGGUUGCUUCGACCUUUCUUCAGAAAGGUAAAAGAAAGAAAUUCCUGGGAAAUGGAUACUGCUUCGAGUUUUUGGCCAGGUGCUGUCCCUGGUCGGGGACAAGAAAUGAACGAUUCGUUACAUCCUGACCUCAAACUGUCGACCACAAUGGUAUCAAUUCCAAUGGUACGUCCCGGUGAUAUGGUCUUCUGGCAUUGCGAUACAAUUCAUGCAGUUGAUUCUGUUCACCGUGGACAAGACGAUUCGAGUGUAUUUUAUAUACCAGCAGCACCUUUAUGUCAAAUCAAUGCCGAAUAUCUUGCUGAGCAACGUCAUUGUAUCGCGCAUGGCGUACCACCACCUGAUUUUCCUGGCGGUGAAGGUGAAUCGCGUCACGUCGGAAGAGCAAAUGACAAGCAUAUCAACACGAUUGAAGGUCGACGUGCAAUGGGCUUCGAACCAUUCGUAUUGAAAUCAUCCAUGACACAAGGAGAAAAAGAAAUGAUUACAAAAGCAAACCGCCUUUUGAAUUUCUAA